AUGGGCUUCCUGUCUGUCAUCUGGACCAUGUCAGGCUACGAUGCGCCGUUUCAUCUCUCUGAAGAAUGCGGUAAUGCCAAUAUAGCUGCACCUCGCGCUAUUGUGAUGACAGCUCAACUCGGAUUCUACCUGGGCUUCCCUGUCAUCCUCGCGAUCGCGUAUACCGUCACCAAUAUCCAGGACGUCGUAGCAAGCGACCUGGGCCAACCAAUGGGCGCCCUCUGCCUCCAAGUCUUAGGUCCUAGAGCUGGUCUAGCGAUGUUCGCCAUCAAUAUCGUGGCACAAUACUGUGUCGAGCUCGGGUGCAUAAUAGCCGGCUCAAGGGUCAUUUAUGCCUACAGCCGUGAUGGCGCUUUACCUGGCAGUCGAUGGUGGAAGCAGGUCAACCAGUAUACCCAGACACCUGUCAAUGCUCUGUGGUUUGAUCUAGGCGUCAACUCCUUACUGGGACUCCUAAUGUUCGCAUCACCCGUAGCAAUUGGAGCGGUGUUCAGUAUAGGCGCUAUCGCGCAGUAUACUGCCUUCACCAUACCGAUUGCUUUACGACUGACAGCUGCUUCGGAUAAGUUCCGACCAGGUCCAUGGAAUCUUGGCCGCUGGUCGAAACCAUGCGGCAUCAUAUCGUGUACCUGGGUGGUCUUCAUCAUACCCGUCCUCUGCUUUCCAUCGGUCAAAGGUGGCGAUCUCAACGACCUGAACAUGAACUAUACCUGCCUUAUCUACGGUGGCGUAAUGCUCUUCGCACUUUAG